GAUAGCCGAGGAAGUGAAGCAAACUGAACAGAGGAAUCGUGAUAAGGACCGGAAUCGGUUCAGGAGGGAUGCUGGACCAGCGGGUGCUGUAAAUCGAAAUGUUAAGAGAGCUAGGAUGGGGGAACCGGUUCGAGCAGUUCCGGUGAACACAGGUAGACUGCAAGCUUGUGGAGAUUGCGGCAGAAUGCAUCAAGGAGAGUGCUGGAAGCGUUCUGGGGCUUGUUUUCGUUGUGGGUCUAAGGAGCAUAGGAUUAAGGAUUGUCCUAGGAGGGCCACUCCAGCUCAAGUGGCCGAACAAGGGGCUGAGCGACCGGCUCAACCUGUGAGGGAUGGACCACCGCUGCCAAGAGGUCGUGGACAAGGUCGCGGAGGUAAUGGCCGUGGACGUGGGGCACCCGGCAGGGGUAUUGGUAACGCGGAUGCUCGUCAGCCAGCUUUGGUGUAUGCUGCUCGUCGCCGCGAGGAGGGUGACGCACCUGAUGUCAUAACUGGUGAGCCCUAGUUGGUGGACUUGGAGCUAGGCGGGAUUCAGAGUGGCCAUGAAGAUGGAUUGCCAAUUUUAAAUAAGUUUAGCAUUUAAUUUAGAUUAUUUUAUUUUUAUUAUGUUUAAAGUUGUAAUAAGGCCGCUCUUUUUAAUUAUUUUUAUUUUGGGGAUUAUUAAACUGGUUAGCACUAGGGUUCGUUUUAUAAAAA